AUGCAAUCCGGCUGCGAUCUACGUAUGAGCCAGAUGAUGGCUAUGUAUGAACCAGAGUUGCAUCCACUCAAAAACGAAUGGGCCUUGUGGCAUUUGGAAAAAGAAGAGAGCAAAGAAUGGGUAGAUUGUUUGAAGGUAUGUUUCUUUUUCAAAAUUAUCUAAAUAAAUAAAUGAUGAAUAAUUUUUAGGUUAUCAGAGAAAUCGAGACAAGCGAAGAUUAUUGGCUUAUGUUCCAUAAUGUUGCUUCCCCUGGAAAUCUCAAAAACGGUUCGGAUUACUGUUUUUUUAAAAAGGUUUGAUUGAAAUCAUUAUGAAUUUUUAGUAGUCUUACCUUGAAUUGAAUUUCUCAGGGUGUCAUACCGAUGUGGGAAGAUAAGCAUAACAAAUUUGGUGGACGUUGGUUGAUUGAAAUUGGUGAAAAAGUGAGACUAUUCUUUAAAAAAAUACCCAAAACUAUUCGUUUUUUUACAGAAAACACCUCAAGAAACAACCCAACAUAUUAAUUUUCAUUGGUACAAAAUGCUUUUUGCGAUGGUUACUGAUAAAUUUGGAGAGUAUGGCAAAAAUAUUUGUGGAGCUGUUGUCAAUAUUCGUCAGGAGAACAACAAAAUUUCCCUCUGGACUUGUGAUGGAAAAAAUGAUGAUGCGAAUCUCAAAAUUGGGGGAAUUUUGAAAACGGAAUUGUCGAUUCCGGAUUCAGCAAUCAUGAAGUGAGUUUAAUGUUUUCUGAACUUUGAUUUACUUUGAUUUUUUUUUCAGAUAUCAACUUCAUGAAAAUUUUUUGAUUGGUAUAAAAUACUAUGCCAGACCACGACUCUUCAUUCCACCUAGAGAAAGAUUCUCGUAUUCGGCAUCUCAAUGUUUCUCACCAAAAUUGUAA